UAUCAUUCGAUCACCAGUGCUGUGCGUACAGCUCAACGCGAGGUACAUGCGGUCGUACAAUAUUCAAACGUUUUCUAGUUUCGCUAAUUGAACAAACAUGCCAGUUUAUUUACAGUGACGUUGUGUGAACUUAUGAACAUAUAUCGGUGGAAAAUUGCCAUUAAUUUGUACACAGGUGAUUAAAGCGUAAGGAAAUUUGUUGAAAAUCGUCUGUGAUAUUGACUAGAUGUUAGAAACACAUAAUUCCAGAAAGGCUGUGAGCGAUGGAAUCCAAUCCCACGAACAGAAUAUCAGAACUAUUCAUAUAUUAAGUGAAUUAAAUAUUUCCAAACUAGUUUUAAAAGAUGAGUUAGUAGUAUCUUGACAGUGAAGUAACACCAUAACCAUGGAUUCGAAUAUACAUUGAGUGCCGUGAAGGAUUUGUGGAUCAAUGAUGGAGGGUGCUAUUCUCAGCACCGCGAGCAACAACAGAUUCCGAACACAUUUAAAGAACGCCGCAAGUGCGCUUUGCGCGAGGACUCUGCCGAAGCAGCGACGCACCGAAUUGGUCUCAGAGAGUACCGUCCGACACCACACCUACCCAAGGGCCACGCCACCCAAACGGGCUCUGAUAUCUUGCAGACAGGAGCCACUUAUGUGUGAACAAAGCGCUUGUGAUGUUUCCGCUGCAAAAGAUGCAGAAGUGCCGAAUAAAGCUAAUGGUACUAUCAAAGGGUCUUUUUCAAGGGAAUUGGCGAAUGCCUGGGGGUGUCGAGUGGGCCCACCCGACCAGCCGGCGCCCGCCGACAGAGUCCAAAACCUCUUCAACGAUAUCGAACUCUACCCAACUAAGACUCAGGUAUUCGAAAUGUUGGUGUGCGCGCGACAGUGCACGCGACGCAAGUCCCUCACGCUCACCUUUGGGGAGUUCUGCCUAUUUGCCACCGAGCUACGGCGGACACGGCGAUACAGGCAGGCCAGGCAAACACCUAGCAAGCCAGAUUCACCUGUAUGGAACGUGGACAAAGAUCUUCGAGAGAAAGACAUUUGCAAGCCCGUAAACGGUAGCGAGGCGUCGCCGCCGCCGUGCGAGGUGUUUCUGGGAGGCUCCUGCAAUCCCACCACCUGGAGGUCCGACAUAGCAAUACCUAUGCUCAAGACCAUGGGCAUCACGUACUUCAAUCCGCAAGUGGACGACUGGUCGAUGGAGUUAGUGGAGGUGGAGCACCAAGCUAAGGCUAAGGCACGAGCAUUACUGUUCGUGUUGGAUAGCGAGACACGCGCAGUGGCCGCCGCGGUGGAGGUGGCGCAUCUGGCCGCCGCGCCAAAGGACCUGCUGCUCGUGUUGAAGCCGUACACCAGACAUCAGGCAAUUGGCGGCGAGACCGUCUCUGACCACGAAUAUGUGGAGUUGGCGCGGGCGCGAGCCACGCUGCAAGAGACAGUGGAGCGGAGGGGACUACCAGUUUUCACGGACAUUCCUGCGGCAUUGCGAUGCGCGCGAGCAGUUUUGCGCGGCGCCAGAACGCAUCCUAGGCAAUCUUUAGGACAUACAAUCCUGAGAUUGAAGAGGGUGUAUGAUGCGGCUGGCGGUCGAAACGGGCGGCUCUCUCGUACCAAAGCAAUCGAUGCGCUGAGAGAUAUGACUAACUCGACGCAAGACGUGGAUCGCUGCCUGCCUCCGUCCGCAAACUACAUCGACUUUGAAAUGUUCUGUGCGGCUGUUGCAGAACUUGCCACGGAUGCUGGGCUGGCGCUGUCUCCGCGGGUGAGUGCGGAGUGUGUUGGGAGCGGGAGGGCGAGUAUGACGUCUCGGGUGCUCCGCGUUUUCCGCUCCCUCCGCGACAGAAUAUCUCCGUCCACACUCGGUCAGAACCGUACCGAGGUUGAAUUAGGCGCAGACGCAGGCGCAGGAAGCGGGCCUGUCAGCGCGAGCGAGAGGAGAAGCGGGAGUGCAAGGGACAACCAGCCCAAUGGACUCCACUUCAACAAUACUAGGCUUAAGGAGUACGGAAGGAGGCUUGGCUUAUUUAUCCCUAAGAACGGAGGGACUAGAGUAGCGGAGGAGGGUGCGACUUCAGGGAGUAGUGGGGAUUCUGUGUUCACCCCGGGCACGGAGGGGAGGCUCGAACGCCUGCCGGCCAUGCUGGGGGCUCCCACGCAGGACGUCUACCUCGGAGGAACCUUUCCAACAAACGGCACGCGACCAGAAGAAGUUCUAAGGCGGGAGGGCAUUACAUACGUCAUUCCUCGCGUUAACGACUACACGCGCAUGUUCUCUGCGCCUGCGCGGCGCUCCGCUCCCACGCACCCGGAGUCCCCCCGGAGGGACAAGAAGCCGCGCCCUUCCUACCCGAGCUCCUCCGACGAGGUCCAGCUGAGGGAAACUUCUACUGCCGCAGACAACAACGCCCGGCUCAGUGCAUCCGAUUUUUAUACGGUCACUGAGGACGUCACGCCGCAGCCGUUCAAAGGUACAUACGACGAAGAUUUACUGCUGGGUUCGCGCGUGCUAGUUUUCUCAAUGAACGCGGAGGCGCCGUGUUUCGCGGCGAUGGUGUUGGCAGCGCAUUACGUCGCCCUGUGUCCGCACACCACUGUACUCUUAGUACAGUUAAUGGAUCCCACCAAAGUGACCAAUUAUAGCGAAGCGGCGGUGAAGGACUACAACAGAGGGCGGCACUAUCUCACCGACCUCGCCAAGCGCGCCGGGGUGCCCGUGUUCGACAACGUGGACGCGACUGUGGCGCAUGUCGUUAGCAAACUGCGACAGACAUAGCCACCACAUUAUCAAUGAUUAUAAGUUAAGUGUCCCAUUGAAUUUACGUAACUUCGCAGCUUAUAUGAAUUUACAAUGAUUCUGAAAUCACAAGGUCGCAUCAUCGAUAUUGCUUUGUAUUAGGCAAAUAUUUUUUUUAUACAAGUUCUAUUAUGAAUCUCACACUGUACGUACGACUGCGAUAUCCAGGUUGGCGGUCGUUGCAAGGAGCAACCUUCAUCACAUUAAUAAAGACAUCACAAAUCCUUCAACCGACUGUUUAUGGUUAGCGGUAGAGUCUCAUAACGCGUGUACUUAUUUUUUUAAGACGUUUGGUUUAGUACAAAAAUGUCUCUCUUUUAUUUCGUCACUCUCUAUUGUAUUAUAAUAGAAUGUAAAAUAUAACAUAUUUUUCACUAAUUUUAAUAUAAGAAUGUCUGAGCGAGUAUGGAUGGUGAUGUAGCAAGGAAGUCGUGACCGGUUUACAACAAGUCUCUGUGAUGAAUUUGUUUAGGACAACUUUAAUUGAAUAAAUCAAUGCAUACUAUAUAGGUGAUAAUAAUUGUAGUUACGCAGGUAUGUCCAUAGCGUGGGGUAUAUUGUCAGUCUUUACAAUUCAAAUUAGUUAUCGACGAGUUUGACAAAAAAUACGGGGAAUUCCUAAACGUAGACACCAAACCCUGUGAGGUAUUCAAAUCAAUGUUGCUUGUUCAUUUGUGGUAUAGUUUUUAUUUAACAUGUUCUUACCAUUUCUUUCCGGUUAAUGAAGUAAAUGACCUUGAGGUCGAGCUGUUGGACUGUACAAGCGACAUUGUAGUGAUUCAUCGCAGACUAGGUCAGAACAUUUGUGUACCUGUACUUCGCAAACGCCGGUCUAUGGAGUAACGCUUCAUUUAAAGAAAUAAAAGUAUACCUGAAAUACAAAAAAGUGUGGCUGCCGAAUUUUACAAAAUUAUGCGAGAUAUUAGUAUUGGAUUAUGCUGAACUUUUUUUGAUAAACGAAAUUGUUCUCCAUAGGCAGGCCUAAGCUAGGGAUAGGCAAUACCACAAAAGUACUCGGUGGUGAAACGACAUAUUUAGAAUACGGUACAUAUGCAGAGUUAGGCAUGUACUACUUGUAGAGUACAGUGGGUCGCCAUUUUCUCUCAAAUUAGAUCUUAAUUUGGAAUAUUGGCGUAAUGUUUCAAUUGAACUUUGUCACAGGUCAUAUAACAAAGUACAACAUGUCUUGCUCAUGUAGCAGAUUUAAGGAUUUUUAUGUACUUUAAUGUUACGCAAAUUCACCACGUAAUUAUACUCAUUUUUAUUGUAGUUAUAAUGAAAUUAUAGUUUCGAAAGUAAAUUAUGCAAAUAUUUAACGUUUUAAUACCUAAUAAAAUGGGGUUCUAAAGACAUGGUACCUACUCUAGGUAUAGCAUAGAUACAAUUUAGACAAUAUAGAUUUUAAUAACGAUUGACCCACUGUCGCUAAAACUAUUACAUUUUUUUAUUUAAUUCAGCAAAUUUUAUUUGCUAGUCACACUAGCUAUUAACAUUAUCUAAGUACUUUGUAAUUGUUUGAUAGUACAAAUAAAUAUCUAAUUUAUAGAAAAAAUAUUUCGUAUAUCAAUUGUAUUUUAUGCCAUGUACGCUUAUUUUAAACGAAAUCCUUCACAAUAUGUAAAUAGAUAAAUUUGUAAUUAUUAAGUGUUUCAUUAUUUCCUAGACCAAAAAAGCCAGUUAUCAAGUCUCGAACCAUUUUGUAAAACUCUUGUCUGGAACUUAAUUUGUGAAAUAGUGUACUGGUAGUACUAAUAUGAAAUGCAAAUAAAAUACUUACCUAACAUAA